ACCGUGUCGCGCCUCGUUUUACCCUGAGACCCUGAAUGCAGCAUGUAAGUAUUUUCUGACCUCUGAUUGGUCCGUUAGCCGCUGUUUUGCCACGUGACACCAAAGAUGGCCGCCUGUAACCGGAAUAGAGAUGGUGAGGACAGCAUACUGGAGCCGCUGUGUUUUCCAGAGCCAGCUGAUGGCACCAGUCUGCAGCGUCUCAGUGCCGAGCCGCUGCUGUGUCUCUUCUGCCCAGAGUCCGUCCCCCUGCAGCAGAAAGACGUCCUCCUCAAACACCUGCUGCUGGAGCACAAGCUGGUCAUCGCUGAGGUCAAACUCAUCGCAGACCUCCCGAAAUACAUGUUGUACUGGAAGGGAAGGUUCUUGGAGCAACCGGUCACAGAUUUCUGCAGCGUGAUCAAGACGAACUCCACCGGCCCAGUCGAGAAGCAGGAGAACUACUUCCUGCUGUGCGACGUCCUUCCAGAGGACCGAGUCCUCCGAGAGAAGCUCCAGCAGAAGCGACUGGAGGAGGUGCUGGAGCAGCAGCAGCAGGAGAGAGACGACUGCAGCUUCCAGCGUCUCUGCAUGUUCUGCAGCGAAGACUUCACAGGAAACAGGUCGUCUCUGCUGAACCACAUGGCCAGAGAACAUUCCUUCAGCAUCGGGCUGCCGGACAACAUCGUCUACUGCACACAGUUUCUGAACACGCUGCAGAGCAAACUGGACAAUCUGCAGUGUUUGUACUGUGAGAAAACCUUCAGGGAUAAAACCACGCUGAAGGAUCACAUGAGGAAGAAAGCUCACCGCCGCAUCAACGCCAACAACAGCGAGUACGACCGCUUCUACGUCAUCAACUACCUGGAGCUGGGGAAGACCUGGGAAGAAGUGCAGAGUGAAGACGACCGUGAGCUGGUGGACAAUGAGGACGAUGAUUGGUCGGACUGGCAGGCUCAUCCACUCUCUGUCGUGUGUCUGUUCUGUCAUCAUCAGUCAGAGACGAUGGACCAGAUCUACACACACAUGAAGGAAGCUCACGGCUUUGAUCUGCAUAAGCUGAGGACGGAGCUCAACCUCCGGUUCUACCAGCAGGUCAAACUGGUGAACUUCAUCCGGCGGCAGAUCCACCAGAGCCGCUGCUACGGCUGCCAGGAGAAGUUUGGCUGCAGAGACGACGUCCUACGUCACAUCGUGGCUGAAGGUCACGUGAUGAAGCUGCCAGACGUCUCCACCUGGAACCAACCGCAGUAUUACUUUCCCACAUACGAGAACGACGGCCUCCUGUGCACUCUGUCGGACAGCGACGACGAAGGAAGUGACGAGACAAAUCACAGCGAGGACGUCCCGGUUAUCGCGGAGGACAUCUCCAACCUCAGAGCGCUGAAGCAGAGCAGCGUCCUGAACCAGCUGCUGAAGAGCAGAGGCUCCUGCAGGUAGAGCAGAGGAGGGACGAGGUCAGACUCGUCGUCCUCUGUGCACCACAAGAUGUUUGUGCACGUUCACACACACGGACAGAACUUUUCUUUCCCAUGCUGUUAAAAACCAGUAAUGGCCCCGAUGAUUCCCCCUGAACACUUUAAAGAAGCCUUCUCACAGGUGCAGACUGCAGUUCAACUUUCACGUGCUACUAAUUUCCAUCCAAGAAAUCAACAUUUAGACGUGUUUUUCCUGAAUUUAAAGUUUAUUAUUUGAAGUAAAAAAAACUGUUGGCAUGAAAGUGCACAUUGAAACCUCUGAGCUGUGACACACUUCCAACUCUUCCUGUUGAAUAAACGUCUCCGUCUACUG